UGAGAGUUUCGGCGAGCUUUUAUAUUUUAAUAUGUAGUAGCUAUAGAGAUACAUAAAUAAAUAAGAAAAGAGGAAAAGGGCAUAGAAGAUCGUGUUGGGUUGAGACUUGAGAGUUGAGCUGAGUGAGAAGAAUCCCAAAGUUGCUGUCUCAAUCUUCACACCGUUAUCUGUUUGGAUUGCCUCUCUUCUUGGCUUGUACUGGUGUGGUUGACAUCUCCAUCUCCAUCUCCAUCUCCAUUUCUAUCUUCUCUAUGAAGACCACUACACUCUUUCCCAUCAGUAAUCAUCAGGAUUUCCAUUUCUCCAUUUUACUGCUACUAGUCGUACAUCAUCUUCAUGGCUGCUUCUGGUUUGCUGGGUGGUGAAAAGGGAGGAAAUGAUGCACAAACGCAAGUUAAUAAUGGCAAUAGUAUUGGUCAUGAAAGUCCAACAAUGUCAAUGACAACUGCAUCUAAUAGCACUGGAAGCAAUUACGAGCAGUGUCGGCCUUCGGUUGAUGGGAAGAUGGUGAGAAAGAGAAUGGCUUCUGAGAUGGAAGUGCAGUUGAAUGGUGAUUAUUACCGUAGAUUUCCCAGAAGAAAUAGCCCAAAUUCAACCCCUAAUGCCACCCCGCUUCUCAACUACUCCACUAUCAAUAAUAUGAAUAUGAAUAUGCUGCUACCUUCUUCCACGAACUUGACCCAUAUGACGUCAGGCGGGUCUGGAUUUUUAUCUACCGUUACAUCAUCAAGAACGACAACAAACUUGAGUUGCGUCGACAACCUUUCCACUAAUCAACAGCCCCAGUCCCAGCCACAGGCCCCUGCUGUUUGUGGCUUCUCCGGUCUGCCGUUGUUCCCACCUGAGAGAACUCGAAACUCGUCUAUCAGCGGCUUGAUCCCGGCCACCACUACUUGUGUUACUACUGUUACUUCGCCUUCCAUGGAAGAUAGUUCAGCCACGGCUUGGAUCGAUGGCAUCAUAAAGGACCUAAUCCAUAACUCCACCAACGUCUCCAUUCCUCAACUAAUCCACAAUGUGAGGGAGAUCAUUUUCCCUUGCAAUCCCAACCUCGCUGCGCUCCUCGAGUACAGGCUCCGCUCUCUUACUGAACCUUUGGAGAGAAGGCCUGUGCAUCUGCAGCAAAGGCAGUAUAAUAACAUCCAUCAUCAACCUUCUUCCGCCCUUUCGCUCAAUCUCGACUGCGCCCUCGACAACCUCCCUACUUAUUCUCUACCGGAUUCAUCCUACUUGAACUGGGGAUUAACACAACUGCCUGCCGCCCCUACAACUCAGCAAAAUCCCCAACAUCAUCAUCAGUCUGUUACGGCUGCUCCUCAUUCAUUGAAUCAGGUGCAACCUCAACCUCAACCUCAGCCUCAGGAACAACAACAACAACAACAACAACAAGGAAACGAGAACUCUUCACCAGUGGAGACCGUUGCAACACCUACGCCAACAACAGCACCAACCCCAACACCAACGGCUUGUGCAAUAAGAGAUAAAAAAGAAGAAAUACGGCAACAACAGCGAGACGAAGAAGGUCUGCACCUGCUGACCCUGCUCUUGCAGUGCGCGGAGGCUGUUUCGGCUGAUAACUUUGAAGAAGCAAACAAGAUGCUGCUGGAGAUUUCUCAGCUCUCCACGCCAUAUGGGACUUCUGCACAGCGGGUGGCUGCAUACUUCUCAGAAGCAAUGUCCGCACGGCUCGUAAGCUCGUGCCUGGGAAUAUACGCGGCGUUGCCUUCGUUGCCCCAAACUCAUACCCAGAAAAUGGUAUCGGCGUUCCAGGUGUUCAAUGGUAUUAGCCCUUUUGUCAAGUUCUCUCAUUUCACGGCCAAUCAGGCCAUACAGGAAGCGUUCGAGAGGGAGGAGAGGGUGCACAUCAUAGAUCUAGACAUCAUGCAAGGCCUUCAGUGGCCUGGUCUCUUUCACAUCCUAGCUUCUAGGCCUGGAGGGCCCCCUUACGUGCGCCUCACCGGGUUAGGCACCUCUAUGGAGGCUCUAGAGGCCACCGGCAAGCGUCUUUCUGAUUUCGCUGAGAAGCUGGGCCUUCCCUUCGAGUUCUACCCUGUUGCGGAUAAGGUUGGGAACUUGGAUCCUGAAAAACUCAACGUCAGCAAGAGGGAAGCCGUCGCAGUCCACUGGUUGCAGCAUUCCCUCUACGAUGUCACUGGUUCUGACACUAAUACGCUGUGGCUUCUGCAAAGAUUGGCACCAAAAGUGGUGACGGUAGUGGAGCAGGACCUCAGCCCCGCUGGAUCAUUCUUGGGGAGGUUUGUGGAGGCUAUUCAUUACUAUUCAGCUUUGUUUGACUCGUUAGGGGCGAGCUACGGCGAGGAGAGCGAAGAGAGGCACGUGGUGGAGCAGCAGUUGCUAUCGAUGGAGAUACGCAACGUGCUAGCUGUGGGAGGCCCCUCUAGGAGUGGUGAUAUUAAGUUUCAUAAUUGGAGGGAGAAGCUUCAGCAGUCGGGGUUCAAGGGUAUCUCUCUGGCCGGAAAUGCCGCCACUCAGGCCACCCUGCUCCUCGGCAUGUUCCCUUCCGAUGGUUACACCUUAGUCGAGGACAAUGGCACCCUCAAGCUCGGUUGGAAAGACCUUUGCUUGCUCACUGCCUCCGCAUGGAGGCCCUUUCAUGCUAGUGCAGUCACUACUACCGCACAUCGCUAUUCACGUUAGUUCCGUCACUCCAAUUUCAUAUCAUCAUAUCAACCAAACUUGGAUUUGAUUGUCUCAAAUUAUAUAUGUCCUCUCGCCUUCCCUUCCCUUCCCGGGUGUUUUUAUAUAUUUCGAUCUUCUUUUUGUGUUACUUUGCGCUGCAUAAGGUGUUAUACAUGUCAAUCUUCUUUUUGUGUUACUUGCCACUGCAUAAGGUGUUAUAUAUGUCAAUCUUCUUUUUGUGUUACUUUGUGCUGCAUGAAAUCGGAAAUGGCCAAAUAAAAAUCUUCCCA